AUGUCUCGUUAUCGAGGACCUCGUUUCAAAAAAAUACGCCGUCUGGGGACUUUACCAGGACUAACUAGUAAAAGACCUAAAUCCGGAAGUGAUCUUAAAACCCAAUUGCGUUCUGGGAAAAGAUCGCAAUAUCGUAUUCGUCUAGAAGAAAAACAGAAAUUGCGUUUUCAUUAUGGUCUGACGGAGCGACAAUUAGUUAGAUAUGUACAUAUCGCUGGAAAAGCCAAAGGGUCAACAGGUCAGGUUUUACUACAACUACUUGAGAUGCGUUUGGAUAACAUACUUUUUCGAUUGGGUAUGGCUUCGACCAUUCCUGGAGCUAGGCAAUUAGUUAACCAUAGACAUAUUUUAGUUAAUGGUCGUAUAGUGGAUAUACCAAGUUAUCGUUGCAAACCCCGAGAUAUUAUUACUACGAAGGAUAAACAAAGAUCAAAAGCUCUGAUUCAAAAUUAUAUUGCUUCACCCCCCCCUGAGGAAUUGCCAAAACAUUUGACUAUUGACUCGUUCCAAUAUAAAGGAUUAGUAAAUCAAAUAAUAGAUAGUAAAUGGAUCGGUUUGAAAAUAAAUGAGUUGUUAGUCGUAGAAUAUUAUUCCCGCCAGACUUGA